CACACAUUUUAAAUCCACAUGAAGACUCGGACCCUGAUCCAGAGCGUCCUCAUCCCAACGCCUCCUUACGCAACCAACCCCACAGGCUCAGCAGAGACCACAACCACAGCCUGCUACACCUGUCUGUGGUCUCUGUGACUUCACUCACAGGUCUCUGAAGAUGGAGGUCAACCAGUAACAGGAUGUUUUAUUUUGAAAGAACCACCCGGAAGUCCAGAGUGUGGUGGUCUCUCGAGCCUGACAGUCUGGAUGUGGCCGCAAAGAACCGGAGCUCAGCCUCAGUCCUGCGGAUUUUCUGCUUCUGCUGAAGAACCUGCAGCUGGACCCGGAUCCGUCCCGAGGAGGAGAACCUGAACCGAGCCGAGCCGAGCCGAGCCGAACUGAACCGAACCGAGCCGAACUGAGCAUAGCUGAGCUGAGCAGGGAUAAAGACAGAGAGACAGACAGGCUGCUUCUUCUCCUCCUGCAGAGCCGGCCGGAGCCUUCCUCCCGGAGAUGCUGAGUGUGUGUGUCCUUCAGGAGAAUCUGACCCGUGGUCUGUGAUGUGUGUGUGACGUCUUCGGGGACUGAAACCGGCUAGGUGGAUCCAACAUGGCCGCUGUGUGUGGAGCCGUGAUCUCAGCGUGUGUGAGCGUCCUGCUGCUGUCGGCCGUGAGCGGUUUCCAGUCUGAGGCCAUAGAAUGUUCCUACACCGACCACCAGCAAGGGGCGGAGACUUACAGUGGACUACCCAAUGAAAUGCGAGGGGUGCUGCAAGAAAACGGCACAAUUCGCUGCAGCCGUGGCUCAAGCUGCUAUGGAUUGUGGGAAAUAAAAGCAGAUGGAGAAAUACGUUUGGAGAAACAAGGUUGUUGGACUACCAUUGGAACCCAGCAGCAGUGUCUUAGAGAUCGUUGCCUGGUGACAGCGACACCCUCAAAGUCCAAAAUCCAGAUCCAGAUUGGCAGCUACAGGUUCUGCUGCUGCAGCCGAAACCUCUGCAACACCAACUUCACUGAGGCCCCGCCCACUGCCGAGACCCCCGCCCGGCUAUCUGAUCACCGACCUCUGAGGCGGGGGGAGACAGCGCUCAUCGCCCUGGUAACAGUAGCCAUAGCUGCCGUCUUCAUCGGGGCAUUGUUCCUGGUGUACCGCAUGAUGAGAGGGAAGCAGAAAUUCAGUCUGUCCACUCUGGAUGUGAUGGAAGCAGCAAACUCAGACUCUAACGUUGACCUUGAUAAUCUGAAACUGCUGGAGCUGAUUGGUCGGGGUCGAUAUGGCACGGUGUUUCGUGGCUCUCUUAACGAGCGCUGCGUGGCGGUGAAGCUCUUCAGCUCAGCUAACCGUCAAAACUACGCUAACGAGCGCUACAUCUACUGUCUGCCGCUGCUGCAGCAACACGACAACAUUGCCCGCUUCCUGACGGCCGACGAGAGAACCACGGCCGAUGGCCGGCCGGAGUUCCUGAUCCUGAUGGAGUACUACCCUCAUGGCUGUCUGUCUCACUACCUGUCUCUCCACUCGGUGGACUGGACGACUUGCUGCAGGAUGACUCACGGUGUCACCAGAGGACUUGCUUUCCUGCACACCGAGCUCUACAGAGGAGACCAGUACAAACCUCCGGUGGCCCACAGAGACGUGACCAGCAGGAACGUUCUGGUGCGAGCCGACCUCUCCUGCGUCCUCGCGGACUUCGGUUUGUCCAUGAGGCUGACAGGAAGCCUGCCCUGCAGACCUGGAGAAGAGGACACCAUGGCCAUAUCCGAGGUGGGCACGGUGCGGUACAUGGCCCCGGAGGUCCUGGGGGGAGCUCUGAACCUGAGGGACUGUGAGGCGGCGCUGAAGCAGGUCGAUGUUUAUGCUCUUGGUCUGCUCUACUGGGAGAGCUUCAGGAGGUGCUCACAACUGUUCCCAGGUGAAGCAGUACCUGAGUACCAGCUGGCGUUCCAGGCGGAGUUGGGGAAUCAUCCGAGCUUCGAGGAGAUGCUGAUUCUGGUGGCCAGAGAGAAGUUCAGACCCAGGUUCCCUGAAGUCUGGAAGGAGAACAGUCUGGCUCUACGCUCGCUCAAAGAGACGAUGGAGGACUGCUGGGACCAGGAUGCUGACGCUCGACUCACCGCCCAGUGUGCAGAGGAGAGACUGGCAGAGCUCACACUGCUGACUACACACACUGCAAUACACAACAACAGGAACCUGUCUCAUGGUCGCUGGCCUCCUCAGGCUGGCUCCUCCUCCUCCUACAUCGAGGACCUUCAGGUGGGCGUAGUGAAGAAUCUCCAGGGAGACGGUCACGCAGCUGCAGCGGUCAUAAAGACGACAGGAGGACCAGAAGGUUCUGAGAGGAACAGGAACUCCAUCAACUAUGAACGCCAACAGGCCCAGGUGAGAUCGUCUAAUCCAGACAGCUGUGUAACAUCUGUCCUGACUCCUUCCAGCUUCCUCUGCAGCAUCUCUGAGUCUGAGCUCACAGGUCGCGCUGUGCCCAGUGUCCCGGUCUGCCUGCAGCUGACAGAGGAAGACUUGGAGGCCACCAAGCUGGACCCUAGAGAGGUGGAUAAAAACCUGAGGGAAAGCUCGGAUGAGAACUUGAUGGAGCAUUCUCAGAAACAGUUUGGAUCAACAGAGCAACAAACCAACAACCUGCUGUUCCAGCAGAUCCUGCAGACCACUGAGGUGAACCACUCAGUAUUGACUCCUCAGCGUGACCUGGGGGAUGUCGGAGGGUUCGACUCCCCUCUCUCCUCCAUCCAUCCCCUCCCCAAACAGCAGAACCUGCCUCAGAGGCCCACCAGCCUCCACCUUCUGCAGAAGUCUAAGGAGACUGCCUCCGCAUGUUCUCGGCUGAAGCUGGGGAAGCUGAAGUCCAACCACAGACAGGUGGAAACAGGAGUCGCUAAGAUGAACACUGUAACCGUGGCGACUGCUGUGGAGCCUCAGGUGGUAACAACCGUCACAAACAACACCGGCACGAGGGCCAGUGUCACAGCCGGGAAUCAAACCGUGGUGGCCCCCACCGGUCACAGCGCCGGCGUCCCCACCUUGGUGACAAACAGCGUGAUGGGCGGAGGUCGAACCAACCCAGCGGGACCUCAGCUGGAGGACGACAAUACGGAGGGAGGGAUCAUUGUAGGAGACGACAACCGUAUGAACCUGCUGAACUCGAGUCCUGAUGAACAUGAACCGCUGCUGAGGAGAGAAGAGCCGCCGGCUGAGAGUGACCCCCCUCCUCCUCAUCUUCAUCAUCAUCAUCAUCAGGCACGAGCUGAAAACCUGCUGACCGGGCAAGGAUCAAACUCCAACAACAACAACAACAGGAUACCUUUGGGGUCAGACAUCCGGACCCAGUGUGCUCAGCGUAAAAGACUGACUGAUCCAGAGGACCAGCAGGAUGGUGAAUACCCCACAACAGCUCCGUUUACAGAUCAGGAUGAUAUCAUGCUCUCCAAUCCAUCACGACCGGGCUGCAGGGACCAAGAUCCUGGCUCAGUAUCAAGCUCAGAAAGAUCUUCAGAAGUACGUGAUCCAGAUGAUGCAGGAACUCCAGACCAGGUUCACACAGCAUCUUCAAAAGCCAUAUUCAUGGAGGCCUCAGCCCCUGAAACUCAAGCUCCAACAGCUUCAUCCUCAGUUCCAGGAGACCUGGUCCUGAACCUAAACGUUUCACCUUUAGAGGUUCAAGCCCCAAAUAACCCAGCUCCAGAAACCCUCCAGGUCCAGGAACCUCAGGAGUCAAAGAGUCCCCCCUUCGGGCUGCAGUCUUCAGUUCGUCUUAGAAGCCAGAUGGGACCAGCAAAAGCCAAGAGGCCUCAGCGCCCUUGUUCCCUGGACUUGUCGAUGACCUGCGUCUCCUCAGACGACGUCUCUCUCAUGGAUGAAGGGAGUCUGAGCGCUUCAGGAGAGAAGAUCAAACGCCGGGUCAAGACUCCGUACACCCUGAAGAAAUGGCGUCCUGCUUCAUGGGUUGUUCCCUCGGAUACGACCUUUGACCCUGAGUUUGAGUUCAACACCUGUGACAGUAGCAGCAUUCAGACCCAUUUCUCCUCUGGUCCUCUUCGAGCUGGAAGUUUUGGCAUUCCUAAAAUCAAUCAGUCAAAAUCCAGCACAGCUGUGUUUUUGGUUGGAGGCGGAGCCACGGCGACCAUGACCUCCGAGCCCGAUGAAAUGACCUGCUUCUAAACCCUAACCAUAGUUUUCUUUUCUUAGUGAGGAGCAGAUUCAUUUGAACUUCUUUGUCUUCCUUCUUCCUUUGUUGUGGAAAUAAAGACUGUCUGCCGCAGGCUUUCAGCCUGCCUGGUAAGACCUGGACCUGACCCCGGAUCAGAGGCCGAGAAAAGGACAGCACUGUCGUGUUCUGACAGAAGUCAUGGGACAGGAAGUCAGACUGUAGGGAGGGUUUAUAACAAAACAAAGACUUGGAGUUUGGGUUGGAUUCAGCUGGACUCUUCUAGGUUUGUCUCUUAGAGGCCGAGUCUUUAAAUCAAGCCUUUAAGCUUGACUCCACCGAGUGUCGCAAAUACUCGUAUUUUCAUAAAUAUUUUGCUCUUGGUGUUAAAUAAGAAGACUGGACUGCGUGUGUUCUUGGGGGCCAGUUCUUGUGGUGUAGCCUCGACCUAGAGCUGGUAGCAAAAAUGGUAAGAAACCAAAAAGUCACCAAAACCUCCUAAAAGGCCUCAAAGUCUCUGUAGAUGGUUUACAGUUUUUAUGUCCCGUUGUCCAACUGUGGCUCGACUAUGUUGACUCAUAGUGCUGAGCCGAUCUCUAGAAACCCAGUUCUCUUCCUGUUGCUCAUGAAGCCAGAGGACUUCUCUACUUCUUGACAGCUUCUGUUGCAACAAGAGUCGUGGCUUCAAUAUGGGGCCAGUGGUUUGCAGGGUGGGCUUACCCUCACUGAGGAUCCUCUUAAUGUCAGGCGCUUGAUGUUGAACACCCAGAAGCCUCUCCAUUGGUGUCUGAUACAUUGGGGCUGAUCCAUUGGUUUUUGAUCCAUUGGGGCUGAUCCAUUGGUGUCUGAUCUAUUGGGCUCUGAUCCAUUGGUUUCUGUACCAUUGGCAUCUAAUCCAUUGGUUUCUGAUCCAUUGGUUUCUGAUCCAUUGGUUUUUGAUCCAAUGGAGCUGAUCCAUUGGUUUUUGAACCAUUGGUUUUUGAUCCAUUGGUUUUUGAUCCAAUGGGGCUGAUCCAUUGGUUUUUGAACCAUUGGUUUCUGAUCCAUUGGUUUCUGUUCCAUUGGCGUCUGAUCCAUUGGUUUCUGAUCCAUUGGUUUCUGAUCCAUUGAGGUCUGAUCCAUUGGGGUCUGAUCCAUUGGUUUCUGAUCCAUUGUUUUUUGAUCCAUUGGUUUUUGAUCUAAUGGGGCUGAUCCAUUGGUUUUUGAACCAUUGGUUUCUGAUCCAUUGUUUUUGAUCCAUUCGGGCUGAUACAUUGGUUUUUGAUCCAAUGGGGCUGAUCCAACUGCUUCUGAUCCAUUGGUGUCUGAUUCACAGAUCCUCCAGGAUCCCAUGGGCUUGCUUGUGUUGGUAGAUUAGUCCAGUGGUGGUAACCGUGCUGACCCUCUUGGAGAACUUCAGUUGCCCAAGGUGUUUAUUAUUCCAAAUGAAUGGUUCCUGUUGGUACAGGUCUUGUGGCUCGUGUUUGGCCUCAUUGGUGUGGUCUAGAUCUUGAAUCCCCUGAGACUUUCUCUUUCUAUUUAUGGUGCAGUUAGGAAAAGGAGUGCAAUCCUCAGUAGCUCCUCAGUGUGAAGGAGUGGAUUAGAUAAAGUCUGUUGUUUUGUUUUUGAAGCACUUUAAACAGAGUUCAUGUUCUGCAGAGAACCAUAUAACGAACUUCUUGUGCGAUUACAGUCCCAACAGUAACACACACACAUCUCUCUGUGUUCCUGUGCAGUAAUGUAUGAUUUGAAGUUUAAGCCUUUACUCUAGCUAUGCAGUCAGCUCCUAAAGCCUCCCCGUGUGUUUUUCAUCGGUUCAUCAGAAGACACAGAUAACUGCUGCUGGAGGAUGUUUAUACUUUUUGCACUUUAUUUUGUGAUGUAGUCGCAGCUUCCUGUGACGCCAUGUUAAGACCGGGAGGACGUAGAAAAAAGAACGAUAGAAUAACUUUAGAAGAAGAUAUUGAAACAGAGAUAAACUAUGUUCCUACAGAGUUAAAGAUAAACCAUGAACCUUGUGACCUGAAACCUCGUCCACUUACAACCGCCUCAGGUACGCUUCGGUCUGUCUGCAGGCUGGACGGCUUUCUGGAGGACCUGUCAGGAGGAUCAAAGUUUGAGACACAUUUGUUCCAGCAAACUAAAUCGGCCUUGAAGAACUCCACAGCGGUCUUAUUUCUGUGCUGUCACCAGAGAAGGUUUGUCAUUUCAGCUUUAAGGCGGAGCUUCAUGGUUUUCAGAUUUUGAGGUGUACCUGUCGGAUAUAAAGAUCUGCACCUUGCACUCCAGGAGAGCAGCACACCCCUGGUCCUCACCGCAUCUCAGCAAAAGUGGUGUUGUUUAAAUUUAGCAUUUCAUGAUUCAUGCACUUUAGUUUGACAAGUUGCAUUUCAGAGUGGCCCAGUCUACCCGACCUCUGCCUGCAAAGAUCGUUUGUUCUUAGUUUGGAUCCAGAGUUUAUGAACCACUGCUCAAGAACGACGUCCUUACAUUUUGUAUUCUCGUGUUAUUAAUAAGGUGUGUACAUGUAGUGGUGAGAGCUUUUUUAAAAGGAGUUUGGUGACAUUUUAUAAACUUAAAGAUAAAGAACGAGUGAGAUGAAUAACAAGGACCUGUCGAUAUUUCAUUGUUUUUCUUUCCCUCUUUUCUACCAUUCUGUUUCCGACCACCCGCCUGACGAGAUCUUUGAACGUGUCGUUGUUCAGCCGUGUCGUGAGAUGCCUUCUAAACUUUUGUUAUUUGUGUAUUUUCUACGGUUUCUACUGUUUGUACGUGUUGUUGUGAACAGAUGUGCCCGGAGACAUGUUUGUUACACAUGACAUUUUUGAGGACAGAUUUGUGCGACCUAGCCCAGAGCUAACUGUAGCAACAGGGCUAAGUGCUAAUGUCAGACACUAACUGAUGUAGGAGGCUAACACCCAAACCAGAAGGAUCAACCUGUGAGGAAAUACCAGGAUGUUUCUGUCACAAAGGAACAGAGUUAAAUCAGGAGGUGAUGAGGAACAUGUCAGAUUUAAACUCUGGUGGUUAGCCUGCUCUUGUGUUAGCUAACCUUUUGUAGCUCGCUCUGGUUCAGAAGCUAUAAAAGUCACUUAUUAAAGUCUUUUUAUACAUCUUUAAAGGAUUAUGGUAACACUAACCCCUAGAUCAAACCCACCCUGAACGACCUGGCCUCAGUAACCCUCACCCGAUUUACUGAUGUCUGGUUGAGCUAAAUAUGAAUUAGCUAGCUGGAUGACAUUUAGGCUUCACUGUAUCUGAACAUGAUCUUAGAACUAGAUAAAAAACAAGGUUCCUCCUCACCCAUGAGUUAUGUUUAUUUAGCUUCACAGGGCUCGCACCACAGAUAUUAGCCACACCUAGCAUCAGGUGUGUUUGUGUGGAUCUAAAACCUGAGGAUCUGAUCAGUUUCUAACUCACAUCUUAACUCUGAGGAACUCGGACGUACGUGGGUUCAUUUUUAUUUGCACGUGUCUGUCCUGCCUCUGUUUGAGUACUUCAGCCGCUAACUGGCUCGGGUUAGCGCUUAUCUUCGUCCUAACGCUAAGCUUAAAAUAUGCUAGAUUGUUUUAUGGUGGAUUAUCCCUUUAAAGUCAUUUGCUGUAGUUUAUAUUUAGAUCUCAUAAUGUUGAAUGAAUAUAAAUCAUUUACUGCAUGAAGUAUCCGCUGCAGUCCUCUGUCUGUCUGAUCAGUGUGUGACGUCAGACGCAGGAGGAGGAGGAGGAGGAGUCUCUGUGUGUUGUAGAUUAAAACAUGAUAUAUGACUGAACUGCUGAUCUGUGUCAUCCCAUGUGUUGUUGAAGAAGCUGUGUGUUUCUUUGCUAAUCAAAGUGUUUAUGAUAGUUCAGACUUUGUGUAAAUACUCAUCAUUGUAUACUUUCAUAAGGGAACAUUUGCUGUAACUGUUAGUGUGCAAGUUCAGUGUCACACCUUUCAUGGAUCUAACCCAUCAUAUCUCUGUACAGUACUCACAUAAAGCAUAACCUGUCAGAUUUAAAACCAACCUUUGUGCUUCAAACAAAGACGUCCAUCCUCACACGAUGUGAAUCCAUGUAACAGAAACAUCACAAGCUUCAGCUCAUCCAAUAAAGCGCAGAGGAUCCUG